AUGAACGCGCCUGUUGAAGCCCAGUCUAUAUCCUCUCUAAGUUACCUCCUUGCGAAUCCGCCUCGUUACCCACGAAACCCAACACACCAAGUCCAUGACCCCCUUGUGCUGUACAUCGUCCGGGUGCCCGGCAGCAAAGAUGUCUUUCUCACAACGCUCAAACCACCCACCAAAGCCUCCAUAAGUAUCGAGGCGGUCCAGUCGAGUCUGUACUUCCUUCAUGUCGAAAGACCACAAGAUGACGCGCUGAGAGACUCUCUCGAAGCCGCGAGAGCGGCAGAAAGAUCCAGCAAUGGGGUCUCGCCGAUCCGGAGGAAACCUCUUCCUUCCACACCCUUUGCGAACUAUCCUGCUUCUCAGCGACCUCCGACUCCGCCCAAGAGUUACCCGCAUUAUCAGCCACCCCUACCGGGCUCCGGAACAGCAACUCAAGCACAGCGAUAUGCAGCGCGUGGCGCCAACCUAAGGCUGGACAUUGGUGACCCAAACCCGGGAUCUGCGACUUCGCGCAGGCCUGUGGGCGCCCGACCACUCCCAGCACGACCAGCCCUCGAUCUUCCCCUGCAGACCAUCAGUGACGAGGACACUGCUUCUCCCGACCCCAUUGAACAAGGGCGAAGACAGUUUAGGUUGGCUAGAAAGCCCGUUCAGGGACCGCACUUGCUUCACGCCGGCGUGCCAGAAAACGUCGAGCCUGAGCAAGACUUGCCGACCCGUGCACCCAUUCCUCUGCCCUCGCAGCCUUCACCCACUAAUCUCGGAGGGAAUGUCGUUUCCCGUCCACAGGCUGACUUCCCACGGGUGACCCUGAUUAGAAGGGAUCCCGCGUCUGGAAGCCAGUGGAACGUCGGAAGCAUAAUCCCGCACAGCGCAGGAGGGCCUCUGCACGAAGUCGAAAUAGAAUUGACUUCUCCAGGAUAUACCCACUUUGCCGAGCUGGAUGCAGCAAGUGGGAGCGGUUUCCGCAGGAAGGUCGGCUACUUGUCGACACCUAACCAGGAUACGCCUUUGGUGACUAGAAGGAGAAGCAACUCCGACGAGUCUGUCGCGACUUCACCUUUCUCGAACAACAGGAAAGCGCGUCGGGCCUACGCAUUCAUAUCACCCUGGCACGGAAUAUGCGCUUUUAGCAAUGGCUUGGAUGGGAAGAGCCUACGAUGUCGACAGACGUUGCUGGGGGCCGAUCCGUCAAUGGCAGGAGUUACCGCCGAUGUGGCCGAACUACGGUUCAAUCUGCCGUGGGCUACGAAUCGGCUAAGGGAACCACACAAGAGGCAAGGCAGCGAAUUGUCCGAGCUGUCAUCCAACGUGCCCGUUGCCCGUCCAGAAAGUGCUUCGAGUCGGGAGCAAUGGAGGAGAAGCUUUCAAGCUUUGACACACAAGGCCCGGAAGCAGCUGUCGAUCAGCGACAAUAACGAUGACUGGAAAUCUCCUAGGGAGGAAUCUCCUCAGCUUGAUCGGUCGGAGAACGAGAGUCGUAUGAGCCUUGAUCUGGGCCGAGAGAAGGCUGGAGGGGGUUUCACGGGCCAGAGCGCUAAGCUGGGGAAGCUUAUUAUCCAUGAUGAGGGCUUGAAGAUGUGCGAUCUGGUCGUGGCUGCUUGCAUGGGAGUCUGGUGGCAGCACUAUGCAGGGGACAUUUGA